AUGGGGCUUUCAUUCACUAAGCUUUUUAGCCGUCUUUUUGCAAAGAAAGAAAUGAGAAUUCUCAUGGUGGGUCUUGAUGCUGCUGGUAAGACUACCAUCUUGUACAAGCUCAAACUUGGAGAGAUUGUCACCACCAUUCCUACAAUUGGGUUUAAUGUGGAGACUGUAGAAUACAAGAACAUAAGCUUCACUGUCUGGGAUGUUGGUGGCCAGGACAAGAUCCGACCAUUGUGGAGACAUUAUUUCCAAAACACUCAAGGGCUAAUCUUUGUGGUUGAUAGCAAUGAUCGUGACCGUGUGGUUGAAGCUAGGGAUGAGCUGCACCGGAUGUUGAAUGAGGAUGAAUUGAGGGAUGCUGUGCUACUUGUGUUUGCUAACAAGCAAGAUCUUCCCAAUGCUAUGAAUGCUGCUGAAAUUACAGAUAAGCUUGGUCUUAAUUCUCUUCGUCAACGCCACUGGUAUAUCCAGAGCACCUGUGCCACUUCUGGUGAAGGUCUCUAUGAGGGACUAGACUGGCUCUCCAACAAUAUUGCUAACAAGGUAUGGCUUAAGAGAUUGGUGGAAUUCUGCAGCUUUGCGGGUAGCAUUUUGCUUCAAUUUGGUAAUACUGAUAGGUUGUUUGGUGUUCGAGGAUUCCUUAUCCUGUAA